AUGGGUGUCCGCAAAGUCAUCUUCUGCUGGCGGGUCCGCCUGACCUACGCCUGCGGGCACCUCUUCGAGUCGGCCACGGACCACCGGUGCGGUCCCACGCGACAGGGCUGCAUGGGCUGGAUCACGAACAAGGUGCUCGCCAAGCAAUGCUGCGACUGCGAUCCUGAUGGGGGGAAGAAGGGCCUGCACGAGGACAUGGAGGCUGCGGGCGCCAGCGUAGGGAGCGAGACGCCUCUGGCAUCGGCGACGGUGGAGAGAGGAUGGACGUUGUUGGAGCCGGGGAAGGAGAUCGGGUCGAGUUCGGGGUGGGGGGAGUGGGAAGGGUCGGGGAUGAAGAGGAGGGGUGAUUAG